AUGCGGACAGUCACUACUGCGAGGCACUUCAUUGAUGCAGCUCACCAAUCAGCGUCCCAAUACAAGUCAACUCGAGAGGCAUUGAGAAAGGCCCGUUUAGAGGAACAGCGGGCACAUGAACGAGAAAAAAAGAAACGUGAGAAAGAAUUCGAGAGAGCAAAGGCCAAAGAAAAAACUGCUGAAGAUCGGAAACGCAAGAAAGCUGAGAAGGAUGCAGCAAAGGCUGCAACGGCUGCUGCAGAAGCAGAGAGGAAAGCAAAUGAAAAUGAACGUGAGGAUUCCACAGCAGCAAGGAGACGUGGAAAAGGAAGUGCAGAGUUGACGAAUGAAGAUCUUCCGAUCCUUGUGAACCGGUAUGGACAGGAAGUGCCAGUUGUGGAUACAAUGGAAAAAAUUUGCGCCAGCAGCCUGACUUGUGAUCCUGUUAUUUGGAGGGCCAGACGGCUCCCUCUGAAGAAGAUCUUGGAGUCAAGUGGGCUCUCCAGCAAGAAUGCAACCAAUGCAAACAUGAUGCUGCAAGCGGAAUUGAAAGGCUUCAUCUCAGAGUCCGCUGAACGGUUCGAGAAUGACCCAGCGAAAUCAAAGUGCACAAAGUGCUGCUCUGACCAAGCACAAGCCAUCAAUGAAGCUCUGACCUUUGAAUAUGCAAUCAGACAAGCGUGGGAUGAGGCGGCCAAUGAUAGUGAGGCAAUCCAAGCAAGAGAGCCUUGUUUGGUUGUUGAGCGGCCUGAACUACAACAGGCCAUGGACCGUAUAGUUGCCGAAACUGAGAUCAAGGCCGCCAAGGCCCAAGCAGAUGGCAAUCCUCCGGAUCCUUGUGCAGUUGCACAUGCAAGCGCUUCCCGUCAAGAGGCAACAUCAUUCUCAAAGCUGCACAUGCUGGCAUUCAGGAAGGGGUCUACCUUUAGCGGCGUGAUGCCAGGCCUGUUCCCACACUUGAUCUUCCAGUCUGAGGGCAACCGUGCAAUGGCUCUCGUAGCCAUUGCUGAGGUUGUUGCAAUGAUGAAGGACCAGGAACCUGAUGACUCAUGUGAUGGAUGGAAUCUCUUCCUGAAGGCUGUGAAGUUCUUUGAACAGAUUUCCACCCAAGAGCAAGCAGAUGAACUGCAAAGCCUGAAGCAAGCAUGGUUGAGCCCUGGAGAUGUCUCUUGA